ACAGGAAAAAGAAAUAAAAGUCUGAUGUCAGUGAUGUAUAGAAUGGUGUUACAGAAAUCUUUCACAGUGUCUGGUGAUAUUGGGUGUAAACACAUUACCCACGUGUCAACAGACCGGGUCUGGAAUAGUGAUGAUGAAGGCAAUCUCAUCUUAACUAACACGACAGGAGACACACUAGAUAAAGUGACAGGUUUAGCUAAAUAUAGUGGUGGAUUACAUACAGUGACUCGGGAUAGUGCUGUGAUUUAUAUAGACAGUCACCGUAACAUCAUUAAACUGUCUACAGAUAAAGUAAAGACCACGGUGAUAUCAUACACACCACCAUGGAGACCAGAGAGUGUCUACAGCUCCCCCUCCACUGGAGACCUGCUGGUCGCGAUGAGGAAUUAUACAUGGACAGGCAAGGUAAACUGUUACACUGACACAGGACGUCACAAACAGACCAUACAGCACGACAACACAGGUCAGGAACUGUAUCGUGUACCUAUCUACAUCACGGAGAACCGUAAUGGAGAUGUAAUUGUGUCUGACUUAGGCCGUGAGGCUGUAGUGGUGACAGACAGAGGAGGUAGACAUCGCUUCUCCUACACAGGUCCUCCAUCAGGAUCAGUGCUAUCACCAUAUGGAAUCUGUACUGACGCGUUGUCACACAUCCUUGUGUGUGAUGAUAACACCUACACAGUACAUAUCAUUGACCAGGAUGGUUUCUUUCUGACACAGAUAGAGACCAAACAACACGGGAUAGACACACCGUACGGCCUGAGUUAUGAUUGGGAUACACAGCUUCUCUGGGUUGGAUCAUACAACAACAACACAGUAAACAUUUACAGACUUAUCAAUGAAGGGGACCAUCUGACUGAUAAAGUGGAUGAGUUAAAGACGUUCUUGAGAAAGGAGAAGACACGUGUUUCCCAUGCCAGAGGAAUACUUGUUGGAUGUGCUGAGGCUGGAAAAACAACGCUACUGAAAAGAUUAAGAGGGCAAAGUCAGAAUGUCGGUGAAGUUACAGAGUCCACCAGGGGACUGGAAGUCCAUCAACAUCUUUUCAUUGUUAAAGACAGAAAGUUAGAAGUGGCUGAUGAUGACUCACCAUUGAAGUCAUUUAUCAGGAUAAAUGCUGCAGAUUUGAAACCAGACCCGGGCAGUGCAACUGACAUCUCCGACACAAAUGAACAAGAAGACAAUUUGGAGCAAGGAAGUACUGAUAAAAACUCUGAAGUAGUUUUAUAUAGCCGAGAAGAAAAGAAAGAAGAGAAGGUUGAGAGGUCAAUUUCUCCAACUGAAGGCAAAGAAGUACAGGAUACAGUUGAGACAAUGGCCAGUGUUCUCUCCUCAGAAGCACAAGUAAUGUUGAAGGAUGAAAUUUUCCAAAAAAUCUUGUCUGAAAAAGAAAAAUUUCCAACUGUAAGCUUGCUGGAUUUUGCUGGGCAGUUAGCUUAUUAUGCUUGUCACCAAAUUUACGUAACACCAAAGGCCUUCUUUAUUCUUGUGCUGGACAUGACUAAGAGGUUUGAAGAUGUUGUGGAUAAAGAGAAAGAUAACCAAGAAGGAUCAAUCUUUUCCGUUUGGACUUACAGAGAUUACUUGAAGUUUUGGAUUACCUCAAUCAAGACAUUUGGAGGCAAAAAGGCACCACUGUUUCUUGUUGCCACACACACAGAAACAAAAUCUACAGAUGAAAUAGAAACAUUCUUUGGGGAGUUCUGGAAUGCUGUUCCAGACGAGGACAGAGAUUGGUUAAGUGAGUCUCUGAAUGAUCGGGAAUAUGCUGUGGGUCUAAAGGAACUUAAUGAUAACACUAAAGCAAUGCUAGAGUCAAUGAAAAACUCCAUAGUGGAAUUAUUUACGGAUGAGAAUGCUACAAAAAUUAAAUUGCCUUCUUCGUGGGCUCUAAUGGAGCAGUUAUUGUAUGAAGGAGGCUGGAAGGAUUUGUCUCUGACAAAGUAA